AUUGUAGGAGCUGCUCCGCUGCGUUGAGGCUUAAGUGGGAAGCGCCAUUAGACUAACGGCGGUCGGUGAAGGAGCUGCGGUCUUUUGGUCUCGGUCUGCGCGGUGCUUCCAGGGCUUGUUUAAAGAAAGAAGAAAAAAAGAUGGAACAGCCAGCCAAAUAUAAGCGCUGACGACCAGAUGGCUGCAAAGAAAUAUCAUCCUUCCAAUCAACACCACCCCCCAUAUUCAGUCAGAAGUAACCCUAUUGCCCCCCCAUCCUGCCAGAACCGGUGAAGCUUCUUGGAUGAGAAGAGAAACGUCUUCUUUUUCCUCAAAGGGGAAAAAAAAACUUUUUUCUCAAAGGAAAACAAAUUAACAGUCCACUUGCCCUUUGAAAAGGCACCUUUGAGAUAAAUAAAGAUAAAUACAAAAUGUAAAAUGUGCCACCUGGGGCAGAAAGGCACUCCUGGGCCCCACCAGGUGACCCAUGGCCCCCAGGCUAGGCCCCUCUGGUGGAACCCACAGGAAGACAUGACCUGCAAGCAUGGACUUCAGAAUCGGAGCUGGAAGGGAUCUUGGAGGUCUUCUAGUCCAGCCCCCUGCUCAGGGGGGACAGACACUGGCAACUGGACAGGAGGGCAAAUGGGCAAGGAGAGGAGGACUCGGUAGCUUUUGAAUUUCUUUGGCCCCCCAUAACAAAACUUACAGCGAAAAACUAUUUUAAAAAAAAUCCUUAGGCCGACAUGCCUAUGAAAUCACUUUUUCCAGCAUCAGCAAGAGUUGGUUCUUCAGUCACAGUAUUUUUCAACUCAUCUUUAUUUUCAAGGACAUAACACUUAACAAUAAUCUAGAAUUGACAACGUUCCAAAUUUCAUGGUGACAAGUCGAGUGAUUGUAUAUAUGGGAAAGGGGCUGGAUGAAAGCUGCUUUCUGGAAUCAGGAAAUAAAUAACACGAAUCUAGACUGUUGCGUCUGUGGAUGGACUAGGAAAAGAAAGACACAAAUCAUUUACAAAUUUCACAAUAUGUGAAUGGUUGAAUGGAACUGAAAAAAAACAAGAUACUCCAAAACCUGGACAGCAUUUGAUUCUAAGCUAGGCCUCCUGGAUGGAAGACAUGAGGCAUAGCCUCAUUUGCCAUACAGCUGGUCACCCUACUCUUUGCAUGGCUGCAGCUGACCUGUGAUGGGCCGGAGGGAUGGUCAGCUCCUCCUCUGCCCUUCAGCCAUGGGACUGCUUUGGCUGUGCUUUGAUUCGGAAGGGGUCAGCCAGGUGGCUCCAUGGCUCACUCAUUUUGGAGGCUGAAGCCUUCUGGCCCUCCCAGUUGUGUGCCACUACAAUUCCCAUAAACUGCUUCUAAGGGACGGCCCACAGUGAGUGUGCAAGGGAGCAGCCCUUCCAUCUCUCUCAGCUGCUGAAUCUUUCAGUCCCUCUGCUCUGCUGCCCAUCCACCCCAGGCCUUGCCUGUCUCUUCCUGGCUAGACUAGGCUGCAAAAGAUGGCCUUAUUAAAUUACUGCACGGGAGACUAUUUGCCAUGGAAACUCAGCCGCUUGCCCCAUGGGGCUGUAACUGAUCCAGAAGUGCCGAAGCUCUGCCAGAGUGCUCCUUCCCAGCCACCGGUGCUGUUCGGCCUUGCAGGAAACAACCAUGCCUGCCACCAAUGCUGGGUGGCCGGACGCGUUUGGCUUUAAGAUCCGUGGAAAUGGUCCCUGCUAUAUCGUGGCUGUGGAGGAAGGCAGCAGCGCCCAGGUGGCUGGCCUCCAGCCCGGAGACCAGGUUUUGGAGAUCGAGGGACAGCCUGUUUCCUCCAUGAAUGCUGAGACCCUGGUGAUCCUGGCCGGGCAGUGUGAGAAGGUCCCCCCCAGCAUCGGCGUGGUCUCCCGCCUCCGGCAGGUGGACCUUCCCCCGGGGCCGCAGGGACACUUUGGCUUCACCUUGACCUGCAACGAAGGCGAUCCCGUGCAGGUGGGAAGCGUGGCUCAGGACUCGCCCGCUGCCAAAGCGGGCAUCAAAGCGGGCGACUACAUCCUGGAAGUCGACGGCACUCACGUCCGGCGUUAUGAGGAUGCGGCUGCCGUGAUGCGAUCCUGCCAGGAUGGAGGCCUCAGGCUGGGACUGCUGCGGCUGGGGCGGCUCCGGCGAUGGGCUAGCAGCAGCGUGGAGGAGUUCAUCCGGAGGGCAGAGGCCGUGCAUCAGGAGAGGAGGCAGAAAGCGCGGGAGUUCAGCCAGAAGGUGCAGGAGAUCCUGGGCGACCAGCCUGAAGUGAGAGAGAAGAUGUUCACCUCUCUCAAGCAGUUUGCUGCUGAGCGGAAAGUGGACUACUUGGCUCAUGCGCUUUCCCUCAUCCUCAUUGAGGAUGCCCACCGGCUGCUUCUGGACCACAUCAGGAUCUUCAUCCCCAGGAAACACCGGCAGCGCUUUGACGAGGUGGUGUCCCAGAGUCUCAUCAGCACGCUGUGCCGAGCCAAGAGAGAGCAGCCAGCCAACCGUCUGAGACGCAGCCGCAGCGAGGACCAUCAUGAGCGCCUGCUGGUCUCCACCCGGGCCAGCUCAGUGCCCCGGUGCCAGGAGGAGAAUUGCCAGAGCUUGAGGAAGUCCACCGCUCUGAUUGGCAGCAAUGUGGGGACGGGGGCCGCUUGCAGAACUGUCCGGGUCUACAAGGGCAGUAGAAGCUUCGGGUUUACGUUACGUGGCCACGCUCCUGUGUGGAUCGAGUCCAUCUUGCCUGGGAGUCCAGCUGAAAAAGCAUCCCUGAAAGCUGGCGACAGAAUCCUGUUCCUGAAUGGCCUGGAUAUGAGGAACUGUUCCCAUGAGAAGGUGGUCUCCAUGCUCCAAGGCAGCGGGGCAAUGCCCACCCUCGUGGUUGAAGAAGGCAUUGUUAGCUUUUCCAGUGAUGGUGAAUCUUCUGAUGCACCCAGCUCCUCCUCAGCCCUCACCUCCUUGCAGUGGGUCGCUGAGAUCCUGCCCUCCAGCAUCAAGAUCCAGGGAAGGACCUUCCACCAGCAGCUGGAACAUCUGCUCACACCAGCAGAGCGCUACACAGUAUGCAAAGCACUGGAGAGCUUCUUCCAGCACAGGAACAUCGACACCCUGAUUGUGGAUGUCUACCCGGUGCUGGACACGCCCUCCAAGCAGGUGAUCUGGCAGUUCAUCUACCAGCUGCUAACCUACGAGGAGCAGGCCCACUGCCAGCAGAAGAUCGCCAGGUUCCUUGGCUACAAGUCCUUGGCAAGUGGGACAUCCGAUGCUGCUGUAGCUGAAGCCGAAGUGGACGAACAGCCUCAGAGUUCCCUACGGACCGGUCCAGGGUGUCAGAAGAGUCUGCGUGGCCAUAGCCCCAAGAACAGUGAAGCCCGGGGUUGCAGUGAAGCCGCUGAGGUGCCCAGCCGUUUAGCUCCCGGAGAGCGCCAAGCCGGAGAUGGAACGUCUCUUCCAGAGACCCCCAACCCCCAACUGAUGUCGGCAGUCUAUGCCGAACUGGAAAGCCGCCUGACUGCUGGGUUCAGAGGGAAGCCGGGCCACCUGCCUGCGUGCCGGACAGCCUCCCUGGCUUCAGAGCCUGCAGGUCCCCGAAAAUCAGGACUGACUAUUUCCUGGCAGAAUGAUCCCACCCUGCAGCCUUGCUAUUACCGCUCGCCUGGUGGCCUCCCUUCCCCCUGCAGCACGGACUCAAACCCCUAUGUCAGCCUGGACAGCAGCCCGGCCUUGUCGCCCAAGCUGAGCCCCCUGUCUCGCCGGAGGAAGCUCUUCACCUUCUCACGGCCGCCUCGCAGCCGGGACACGGACCGCUUCCUGGAUGCGCUGAGCGAGCAGCUGGGCCACCGCAUCAGCCUGGUGGAUGACUUCCUGGCGUCUGAGAACGAUUACGAGGAGAUGAGUUUCCACAAUGACCAGGGCGGCUACAUGGCCAAUGACCGCAGCAGUGCCAGCGAGGGCUUGAGCAGCAGCGAAGGGAGCUCCCUGACCGACUCCAUCUUGUCAGACCACCUCCCCCCGCCUCCAAUCAGCCCACCCCCCAGACCUCCACAGUUCCGUGACCCCCAGAAAGAGCCCAGGGCCAUGGAAGCGGCCCAGAGUGCUCCCUCUGGCCCCCAUGCCACAGCCCAGCUCCCCCCUCCUCCUCCUCCCCCUCCUCCCCCGCCCCCUCCUCCCCCAAUGCCCUGUGUACCCCCUUCAAUGCUGCAAGGAAGUAUUCAUCGCAGGAGCGAGUCCAACCACAUGAGUGUUAAACGGCUGCGCUGGGAGCAGGUGGAGAACUCGGAAGGCACCAUCUGGGGUCAGCUCGGGGAGGAUUCUGAUUAUGACAAACUGAGCAACAUGGUCAAGUACCUGGACCUCGAGCUGCAUUUUGGAACUCAGAAGCCAGCGAUUUCUCUUCCAGAGCCGAACCCCUUGCCGGAGCCGCUUAAAAAAAAGCACGUGGUUGAGAUUCUGUCCCACAAAAAGGCCUACAACACAGCCAUCUUGAUUGCGCACCUCAAGCUCUCCCACAUCGAGCUGCGCCAGAUCCUCUUGAGCAUGGAGAGCGACCGCCUGGAGGCCUCUCACCUCAAGCAGCUGCUGCUCUUCGCGCCUGACGCCCAGGAGGUGCAGCGCUUCCACAGCUACCAGGGCGAUCCCAGCAAGCUGAGCGAGCCGGACCAGUUUGUCCUGCAGAUGCUUUUGGUGCCGGAAUAUAAAAUCCGCCUGUGCAGCCUUCACUUCAAGACGACCCUGCAGGAGAAGGUGGAGGAGAUUACGGCCAGCUAUGAGUGCAUCUACAAGGCUUCCCUGGAACUGAAGAAUAGCAAGAAACUGGCCAAAAUCUUGGAGUUUGUGCUGGCCAUGGGCAACUACCUAAACCACGGGCAACCCCAAACCAACAAAACAACCAGCUUUAAAAUCAACUUCCUCACAGAGCUGAACACAACGAAAACAGUGGAUGGGAAAUCCACCUUUCUGCAUAUUCUUGCCAAAUCGCUUAGCCAACAUUUCCCAGAGCUCCUGGGCUUUGCCACGGAUUUGCCCACGGUGCCACAUGCUGCCAAAGUGAAUCAGAGAACAUUAACAGCUGACCUCAGUGACCUUCACCGCACUGUCCACGAGAUCGCAGUCGCCUGCCAGAAUAUGGUGCCUUCAUCACCCGAGGACAGAUUUGUGCCAGUGAUGGAUGCCUUCCUGGAGAGCGCAGAUCCCACUGUCCAAUCCCUGGAUGAUCUCCAGCAUAAAGCCAUGGAAGAGUUCAGGAAGGUCUUGUCCUUCUUUGGGGAAGACUCCAAAGUCACAACCUCUGAGGAUUUCUUUGGUAUUUUUGCCGAGUUCAUGAGCAAAUUUGAGCGGGCCUUCAACGAUGUGCAGGCCAGUGAGCCCCUGUACAGCCCGAAGAUGAUCCCCCCACUUGCCUGGUGACCGGAGAGCUCAAGGAAGACUGCGGCGUGGUGCUUUCUUGCCCCCAGUUUGGCUGCUUUGGGUCCAAGUCUCUCGGCAUGGAAGAGGCGUUGCAGAGGACACGUCGGUGCCCAUUUCUAUGGAAACUGCCUUCAGAAAAAGAGAGGGGGGCUCGCUGCAGAUUUCUACAGACUUCUCCGCAUCAGAGACAUUUCUUUUUUUUCCACAGGGAUACUCCGUGGUUGCUAAACCUGAGUGCUAGAAUCCGAGGGGUGAGGAGGCACGCAGCAACUGCCCUGGCUUUCCCCACUUUUUAUGGCCUUUCCGAGAAGUCCUUUAUUUCAGGGAGGUGUUACCAAGUCUGCAGGUGGCUCAGGGGCUGCCUGGUGCCCCAAAGGAAAGGUGGUGUGACAAGGUCCUUUUGCCCCAAAAGGAGCUGAUUUGCUCCCUCUUCCGCCUCCGGGUCUCCAGGCGUCCUUUCCGGUAGUCUUUCGUUCCAGUUCCCCGUUCUCUUGGGAAAACAGAUUCCUAAAAGAAGUGAUCCGCGCAGGCAGGAGGGUGGUUGAAGCCUUCUCUCUAGAGCUGAAUGGCCGCAAAAGCAGAGAAGUCUCCUCUUCACCCUGCUCAGCAGAAGCUCUGGCGCCCGUUCUACCUCAGCUUCUGCUCUGCUGUCUCUUGGUCAGAUAUGUGGGAGCAGAGUAGCUUGUAUUUAUGUUCUGGUUACUUGAUUCGUUAGGUGGCUCUCUCAGAAUGCCUUGAGUUUGAGGCAAGGGGAACCCCAUUCUUCUUAUCCUCAGGCAGUGACCCUGAGAUGGAUGUGGAGUAGAAGAGUGACAGAUUCCAAGAAGCCCCUGAGUUUUCAUGGAUAAAGGGUGGACUUGACCCAGCAUCUCCCCAGUCCUACCCGAGCCCAUCAGAUCUGCAUUGUGGCAAGCUUCCCUAGCAGAGAGCAAGCUCGUUGCGCUAGGAAACCAUCAAGCCAGUGAGAUGCUCCAGUCCAGGGGUAGACAACCUUGGCUCUUUUAUGACUCGUGGACUUCAACUCCCAGAAUUCCUGAGCCAGCCAAGCUGGCUCAGGAAUUCUGGGAGUUGAAGUCCACGAGUCACAAAAGAGCCAAGGUUGCCUACCCCUGCUCCAGUCCAUUUGGUUCCCCCAGGGGUGCCCAGCCUAAUCUUUCCCUUAGCCCCUUAGUGGAGACGCUUGGAACUGGAAAUGAAGAAAAAGCCUCCUCAGAUAUAAGUCCAGCAUCUCCUUGCCUGUCCACCAUGGCAGAAGCCCCAUGUCCAGCCCCCCUUGCCUCCCUUGUGAUCGGUAGCAGCAACUUCAUCCUGGCAUGGGCAAAACUGAGACCCUCAAUAAUGCUGGGCCUUAGUGGCCUCUGACCCACCACUCUUCUUGAUCAAAGAAAAAUCCCAACCCAGCCAUUUCUUGCAGCGUGCUGUUCAGGUAGCCCCUUCCUUCCGUGAACAGGUAGAUAGAUAUAAGGGCUCUUCCUUUGCAGUUUAUUUUGAUGCCUCUCUCCCGUUGGCCCACCUUGUUCUGGGGGAUCCGUAGGGAGCUCGGCUCAUAUUCUCAAAGAGCUGUAAUUUUAAAAAUUAUUUUAUGACAGUGAUGGUGAUUAUUAUCCCCCUUCUGCUCUUCUUAGCAACUUUGCUAGGCCCUGCGGGGGGGCAAAGCUGUUCAUUUCCGGGCACUAUUUUCUUGUGAUGUUUUUCCAAGGGUGGAGAUUGCCCCCGAGAAUUGUGUAUAGAUGUGAGAACCAUGUCUCUGUACAAAUCUUUAUGGUUCUGUCAUGUAAUAAAGAGAUACUCUCUCGGUAGCCACAGCUGUAA